CUUCUGAAAAACCUCAUCCCUGCAGACCGUAGUGGACGGGCAGGUGGCCCCCAGCCAGACCUUCCAGAGAGAAGCAGCUGCAAAUUGGUUCUGCGGGUGCUCAGUUUUGUGAGAGCUCCUUGAAGUUUGCAGGGCUGGAGCCAGGGAAGCUUCGCUGCUUCCUGCACCCGCGGGGGUGACUCCUUACCUGACACCCCACAUAACUGGCCUCUGGGGGACCCCUCUGAGAAGCUGGGAAAGGAUAACCCACUUCUUUGCCUGAAGUCCUUAACGCUAAACAAGCCACUCAGCAAACUUUGACAAGCACCAAAAGAGAAUUGAGAACAAAUAAAUCAGAAGAAGAGGAAAAGCAAAUGCUAAAACCUUGAUGGCUUUUUCCCCUGCUGUCGUUCCAGCUGUAGCCUGGGAUUAAUUAAAUGCUGUGAAGUCAGUGCCGGGGAGAGAAGGGGAAAAAAAAUGCAUUCUAUCUCUAAGGAAGGAGUACAAUAUCAGUUCUCACCAGUGAGAAACCUUGGGAAGUGAAUCGCUGUCGCCGUCAGUGUUUGUGGAGGGACUGGAGGGACAGGGUGGCUGUGCCAGGCUGGCGGAGGCUUGCCUUUCCAAAGCUGGAGAGGAUUUCACGGGGGUUCUCCUUCCCGUGCCUGGGAAGAAUUUCCCCUCUGGUAGCUGCAGCCGCCGCGGCAGCAGCCCUACCUCCUGUUCGGGGGAACAGGGCAGAAUGCCUGUGCUCGAGCGCUAUUUCCACUCGGCAGAGCUAGGCAGAAGGUGGACAGCCCCAGAAGGUGCGCUGCCCUCCUCCCUGGGCAGCCGGCCGGGGUGCCAGCAGGGGCCGCUGCCCUGGGACUUGCCCGAGAUGAUCAGGAUGGUCAAGCUGGUUUGGAAAUCCAAAAGUGAGCUGCAGGCGACCAAACAGAGAGGCAUUCUGGAGAAUGAAGAUGCUCUCCACAGCUUCCCAGGAGAUGCACGACUGAGAGGUCAGACGGGGGUUCCUGCAGAGCGCCGCGGCUCCUACCCAUUCCUUGACUUCCGCCUACUCAACAAUACAGCAAACUCAGGGGAAUUUGGCACCAAGAAAAAGGUGAAAAGACUGCUAAGCUUUCAGAGAUACUUCCAUGCAUCGAGGCUGCCUCGUGGAAUUAUACCACAAGCCUCUCUCCACCUGCUGGAUGAAGACUAUCUUGGACAAGCAAGGCAUAUGCUCUCCAAAGUGGGAACGUGGGAUUUUGACAUUUUCUUGUUUGAUCGCUUGACAAAUGGAAACAGCCUGGUAACACUGCUCUGCCACCUCUUCAACAUCCAUGGACUCAUUCAGCAUUUCAAGUUAGACAUGGUGACCUUACACAGGUUUUUAGUCAUGGUUCAAGAAGAUUACCACAGCCAAAACCCGUAUCACAAUGCCGUCCAUGCUGCCGAUGUCACCCAGGCCAUGCACUGCUACCUGAAGGAGCCAAAGCUGGCCAGCUUCCUCACACCUCUGGACAAAAUGCUGGGACUGCUGGCCGCAGCGGCACACGACGUUGACCACCCAGGGGUGAACCAGCCAUUUUUGAUCAAAACUAACCACCACCUUGCCAACCUGUAUCAGAACAUGUCAGUGCUGGAGAAUCACCACUGGCGCUCUACAAUCGGCAUGCUCCGGGAAUCAAGGCUUCUCGCUCACUUGCCAAAGGAAAUGACAGAGGAUAUUGAACAGCAGCUGGGCUCCUUGAUCUUGGCAACAGACAUCAACAGACAGAAUGAAUUUUUGACCCAAUUGAAAACUCACCUGCAAAAUAAAGACUUAAGACUGGAGGAUGAACAGGACAGGCACUUUGUGCUACAGAUUGCCUUGAAGUGUGCUGACAUUUGCAAUCCUUGCAGAGUCUGGGAGAUGAGCAAGCAGUGGAGUGAGAAGGUCUGUGAAGAGUUCUACAGGCAAGGUGACCUUGAAAAGAAAUUCCAACUGGAAGUCAGUCCUCUUUGUAAUCAACAGAAAGAUUCAAUAGCUAGUAUACAAAUCGGUUUCAUGACCUACAUUGUGGAGCCACUCUUCCAGGAAUGGGCCCGCUUCACCGGAAACAGCAGCCUGUCUGAGAACAUGCUAAGCCAUCUUGCGUACAACAAAGCCCACUGGAAAAUGCUGCUGCUCAAGCAAACCAGAAGCAGUGCUGGUGGCAGUGGCAGAAGCAGCGGCAGCCCGGACCACGCAGACCGCGGAGCUGAGAGUGAGGAGCAGACGGUGACUGAAGGCGUGGCCCCGUAGUGCCCACCAGGCCUGUCCCCGGCUCUGUACACUGAGAGAGUGAGAACCGCCUUGAGCAGAGGCCUCCUGAGAGGGCAGAAGCUCCGAGUGGUUCUUGCUCAUCAACCCAGCCACUCUCUUGGUUUCAUCCCGGGGCUCUUCAGAAUGCCACCUUCCUCCUAUUCACCUGCCCCCUCUCCUUUCUCCAAGUGUACAGAAGCCAUUCUUCACCUCAACAUUAGCUGCCGAGAUGAACGACUCCAUCCAGUAAUACGGAAGCUAAAUCCAAGCACAGGCCUACCCCUCAAGAAGGAGACUGAAGAGAAAGAAAGAGGUGCUUCUGCCAUGUCUCCUACGGGCCGUGGGUCACACUGUGACAGGCAGCAGUUCCUAAGUCCAGCGCAUUUUAGCAUUUGCCAUCUGACUGCCGAUCUGCAUGACAAAAACACCAGCAUAUUUGGAACUCCAAGGAUACUGGUCUUAAGUGAGAGCACAAAAGGGAACGUGAGAGAAAGGACCUUCUAUUUUAAUAAUAAUUAUUAUUAUAAAUAAUAAUAAAUCUUUUUAACUUUUAUAUGUUAUGCACUAGCCAAGGGAUCUAAAACUUGGGACUGUGAUUACUCGGUGUACCCAAACUUGAACGGGGGUUCAUUGUUUUGUUACUGACUUUACACCACUUUGGGUCAAAGAUUUGGCAUCUUCUCAAUUUAAGAAAUCACAUUUCCUAUCCGAUCUGAGGGGAAGGUGCUGUACAGUUCAUUCCUUUGCACCAUUAACCAAUCUAUCUGUCUUUUAUCAAUAACUCAGUUUCAAUGACCUUUGUAUUCACACAUAUACACUUUCUGUAAAUACCAAGCGCUACUGAUUCCCAUGCCAAAAUACAUGAGUAUUAUGGGAUUGCUACCUGUAUAAACAAUGGCACUGUGAACAGAAUCCUGUUAGUUUUAAUACAAGAGAAUGCAUAUGUAAAUAUGGUAUAGAGUUUAUUAAUAUACUGUUGUUUGCAGAUAAAGGCCUUAACUUUAAACAUCUUUCAUCUUCUGAAAGCUGCCCAACAUAAAUCCUCAGAGAUGUCUUUCUGAACUGCUUCCCCACGUCCAUCUCUAUGCUUUCCAGCUAAGGUCCCCAACCAAAACUGAACCAAGUCUUUGAGGGAAUACUUUGGGAACUUCACGUGCAUUCCACUUGAGACCAUAGUGUUUCAUCUAUGGCACUGAGCGUCGUUUCCUCAGAGUAACGAGACCCUUCAACAAGCCUGAAGUCACUUUUCAACGCAGCGAUGUUGCACAUUCUGUUUCAACAAGCCAGCUAAUAAGCUUGUAUUUAUGUGACUCUUGUCAUGGACCAUGGCAGUGUGUCAACCACAGAAGGUCUCACAAGCCUUCUAUGACCCUGUCAUCCAACCAUCAGGGAACUCCCUGCUCCCCGUCCACACUUCCGUCUGUUACGACUACAGUACCAAAGCACUUUGGUUUUAUGGUUGGCGUGCACUUCUUUGGUGUUAAUAGUAACUGGAUUUUUCUUUUUCUUUAAUUUCAUGUGAACAACUACCCGCCUGUUUAGCUAAAUUUAACAUUAUUUAAGUAAAGAAAAUAUUUUCGUUUUCUGAUGGAGUUUACCUUCCUGGCAGGUCAUUAUGCUUACUCAUGACUAUAGCUAGCAGAAUCGCCUAGGUAUUGUGUUGCCGUUUGUUUCUGCAGACACCGCCAUCAAUUAGUUUGCCACAGCACUCUUCUCCAGCCGGCUUAACUUUGCGCAUUGAACCUUCUCUUUAGAAGUUCUGGCAUAGCUAAUGUUAGAUGAAAAUUGGCAAUGCCCCUUUCUUUUAACCUUCAACAGCACAGUAGUGGAAGGUGAUGGGAUGCUCGUUUCUGCCACUGCCAAGCUGUUUCGCAAGCUGAUGAAAUGACAGCUGACUCACUUCCUAAGUGCAACUUUUUUUUCCUCCUAACAUAGAAAUGAAAUGUUAGAAACUUUGACUGGAUUGUAAUAAGUUCCUGUAGAGAGAAUGAGGCUUGCAGAGCUAAGGAUUAAGGGACAUUUUGGAACAUGGGUUAUAGGUUCAUUAAAUAUGGAGAGGUUGUCAGAUGGUACUAACGAAAGUAUGAAACCUUCAUGAAAUGGAUGGAUAAGUUGACAUUGUUGGUAGGGGUAAGAAGGGAAGUUGUGAAAACUUAACACUAACUUUAUUUUUUUCUAUAAUAACCAUGAACUGUCAGAUCACCUUUCAUUGCUUUAAUACUCUGAAGCUCUCAGCUUGGUAGGGCCCCAAAAGAGAUUAUGUUGAAUGUAUUCCUGCUUCCAAACCUCACUCAUCUUGGCUUGGAGAUGCAGAAAGGGCUUUUGAGUAGUCUAUUUUUAAUGUACAUGAGAUCAAAUCAAGGAAAGCAAAUACUGGGGGCGAUAUAGUAGAGACAAGAAAGAAAAUGCUAUUUUAGCUCUACCAUGACUUUAGGAAAUAGACUUUGUUUAAAUUAUAUUUAUAUUAUAACUUAAAUAAAUAAUAUUGGGGGUGUUUUUAGUAGUUCCAAGUUUAUAGUGCAAAAGUGUUUAAGUUACAGUUAGGCCUUAAAGAAGAACUCACAGAGAAAACUACCAAAUAUUCUAUCCAAUGGUUAAGCCUAUGAAGCAGCUACUAGUGCAAUGAAAAUAUGAAGCAAAUGAGACAUGAUGCAUAAACUAGAUGUAUUUGUGGCCUCUGUUCAACCAUCUGGAGACUUUUUGAGUUCCCUAUUUCUGGGCAAAAAGAGAGAGAGAGAGAGAAGGAGGAAGGGAAGAGAGAGAGAGAAUGUGAAAAUGUUUUUUCUUGCCUACUAGUGGCUCUCUUGCAAUAUUUUAAUAGAAGGAGACCAGUUCCUAGUUGAAAAACCCAGCUGGUAGAUCAUCCAUGGACUUUGUCUUCACAUUCUUCUUCUCCCAGUCCAUGGACCAUCAAUAGCUGACUUACUGAGUUUAAUUCUUUCAGAGCUUGAGAAGAAAGGAAUCCAAGGGCUAUUUUUAGUAAGCAAGGUAAAGUUAAAAUCAAAUUGGAGAAAGAGAAUAUAUAACACUGCCAGACCUGAUAGGCAAAGCCUGCUUUUCCUUUUAACAGCAUCCGUGAGUAGUCAGAAACUACCCAUAACUCCCUGCGAGGCCGAGUAGAAUCCCACUCUGUUUCUGCCCGCUUCAGACUUCCUGCGAAAGGACCUGGAGUGCAUCCCACAACACUGUCUCCGUAUAGCGCUUCCUACAAGACAGGCUUGUUUUGUCACCUUUUCUUAUGUAGAACCGGAUCUGCUCAUUGAUUUGAAAAUUGGUUAUGAGCUUGUAUCUCACUGUGUUUCCUAUGCUUUGUUCUUUUAAGAAAACCCUUAAAAUUGUGUUGUUUUGUGUACACAUGUGAGGUUUGGAAAAAAAAAAAAAACACCUUGUGAGUUUCUGCUCAAAAUGUGGCCUAAAUAUCCAUUGGCAUGUCUAGAUAAACAAUUAAAAUAAAGGCAAUUUCUUUAAAA